AAGAAGAAAGUAGCCAUUGUUUUUAUCGUAUUUAUAUUUUGCUCCAUAAUAAUUGUAGAAUUUUUAAUUAAGUGCUUUAUAUAUUAUGGCGGGUGAGGUAACAGUUGAUGCAUUACCAUACAUUGAUCAAGGCUACGAUGACGCAGGAGUUCGAGAAUCGGCACUUGCUAUGGUGGAGGAAGAAUGCCGACGUUAUAGGCCUACAAAGAAUUAUCUUGAUCAUUUACCACCUUUAAAUGCAAAUGCCUUUGAAACCGAAUUAAUGGCGAGCGAAUUUGAGAGAAUACAAAAUCGCCAACCAAUGGAAACUCUAAGCAUGAAACGGUAUGAAUUGCCACCUCCACCCUCUGGUAAACUAUCUGAAGUAAGCGCUUGGCAAGAAUCUAUAGAGAAUUCAAUGGCACAACUAGAACAUCAAUGGGUGCGUGCAAUGAACCUCGAAUUAAUGUUGGAUUAUGGUAUAGAGUCUUGGAAAGCAUAUUUAGAAGUUAUAGCCGCGUUACAAGCCAAAACGCUGACACAGCUACAGGAAUCAAAAAAGCAAAUUCAAGAUAUUAAUUGGCAACGUAAGCAGGCACAAACACAAGCUGGAGAAAAGUUAAAAUCAUUGGAGGCCAAUUGGGUAUUGUUGGUAUCUAAAAAUUAUGAAAUUGAACAAAAGUGUGCAGAGUUAGAGGAUCAAUUACAAAAAGCGCUCAUGGAAAUUGAAAGUCUGAAAGCACGAAAGAGUACCACGCUUACAAAUGGGGACACUUACAUACCAUAAAAAAUAUAUACUUAACUAACUUUUAUAGUAAAAAUUAAAGAAAAAAUUGACAAAAAAUAUAAAUAUCAAUAUUUUUUAAACCGAAGUGUACAUAUCAUGUAAAUACACCCACUAUUUGUAUGUACUACA